AUGAAAGUCAGGUCCUCCAGGUUGAAUGUAGCAUGGAAUGCUCUCUGCACUGGUGAACAAGAGCAAAGUCACUCAGCAGGUACUGAUAUAGUUCAUGGUAGAUGGUAUUUAUUAUAGAAUUGCAUAAUUGAGUAAAAUCACGCAUUCUGAUUGGUUAACGAAGAGAGGUAUUCAGUGUGGAAUUGCGAGUUGAAAACGAGGCUAAGGGAUGUUUUUUUCGCAUCUACGUAACAACUAUCGUCAAAUUGUAACACAACAACUGCAAAAAAGGUUUUCUACAAUGUCAUUUUAAAAUGUUUUCAAAAUCAUUGUCACCUUUUGUAUAUCCUUUCUUAACAUACUGAAAUGUCGCCUGGUCCUCCACCUACUGUUCCAACCUAAACUGUAUUUACCUUUUGCAAAAGCGUCUAGUGCGGCUCAUAACAAAAAGCUCACUAUCUAGCAAAUAAAUACCCCUUUGUUUAGCCAGUUUUUAGUAAACACAGUACAAAAACAAGGAAACAUAAUGCAAAAAUAAGGAAAUAAAGUGCGAAUUUCUCAGAGAAUGAAAACCUGUGAUUGGCUAAUAAAUAAUCAGUGUUCUCCAGAAGUGCCAUCCUCGGAGACCCAGGGGCAACUGGGCAGUGAGAAGAGCCCCUGGGGACAAUGUCUUACCAGACCAGGGAACUCUUUUCCAAAGUGCAACUGGCAGUUUCACUGGGAACUCUUUUCCAAAGUGCCAGCUACUCUUAUGAGUCAAAACAUAAAAAAAAACUGUCUGUAACUUUUAUCUUCAAUUUUUUCGUAAGUUCCAUUUUUUUUUCCUUGAAGGAUAAAACGGCACCGAAGCAAAUCGUGUUAAUUCAUUUCUUAGAAUACUAGAACAUGCAAUUUCAUUGGGAAAAUAACAAACAAACAAAAAAGCCACAAGAGCUUGUUUGAAAGUUUAUCGAAAAACACAUGAAAAUACAUGGAACUAAAGUGCCUUGAACAGCUACAAAAGAAGACAGGUGUUGUUUAUUCAUGGUUGUGAAGCCACUCGCUGAGGCACUUGCCGAUAGAUAGCUGCGGCUUGUUUAUCCGACAUGAAGAAUAUAAAUCACAAGCAACUAGAAUACACGCUAUGCAGCCAUUCACUACAGCAAUCGAGGCGUCAGUAAAGCUUCUUUUCUUGUUCAGCAAAACCAGCUUGUGGCUUCAAACAACGUCAUAACAAGUGACCAAGGUAAUAGUUUUUCUCCGUUGUUCUUACUUUUGUAACUGCUCCAAAAAUCCAAAUUCACAGUAAUUUUGAUGGCUGUUAAGAAUUAUUUUUCCUCACGUUUUUUUAGCUGUCCCGCUGUGUAAAAUCCUAGAAUCUCGAUGAGUUUUUAAAAGUGUUCAUCUUUUAAUACAAUGUUUUGAUUUUUCAUUCAUCCAAUCCAGGCGAGUCGGUUCAUGCGUUGACACUUCUGAUAGACAUGUGACAUGUGAAUAGCGGAACUCCCUUGUCUUUUCUGGUUUGUUCUAACAAGAUUCAAAGGGAUUUUGUGGGCGUUUUAAAUAAAAUAAUUAUUCCACUUGCGCUUGUUGGAUGAGAUGAUUAUUGCCAACUCGGCGCUAUGCGUCUCGUUGGCUAUUUUCCAUCUCAUAUCCAACGUGCCCUCGUGGAAUAAUUGUUAAUUAUAAAAUAACUAAGAUAGUACGUGCAUUCUGAUUGGUUAAAAACCAAUAGUUUAUUGUGCCGGUAAAAUCAUAGAAAACUGAAACAUACUUUAAAGUUAUUUUAUAAAAGUAAAAGACCACAUUUUCUAAAGGUUUGCUGGUGUGAUAACCCACUUGGGAUGUUGGGAGAAGACUGGAAAAGCUUGUAAACCACCAGCUUAACUUCUCAGAUCUCUGGGUCUCAUGCCCCCAAACCCCCCCCCUUAGAUACGGUACUCUCGCUUUACCAGCACUUGGUAUCAGGCACCAGUUACUUUACAUUGGGAGCUGGCUACUUUAAAACUUCUGGAGAACACUGAACAAUAGAAAUAUAUAAGAACCAAUGAGCCUCAGGUGUCACAAUCUGCUUGCUUAUCUUCUUAGCCAUGGAAGAACAUGAAAGUCAGGUCCUCCAGGUUGAAUGUAGCAGAAAAUGCUCUCUGCUUGGUGAACAAGAGCAAGGUCAAUCAGCAGGUACUGAUAUAGUUCAUGGUAGAUGGUAUUUAUUAUAAAACUUAAUAAUAUACAUGGAAAAAUUUCUUGAAUGAGAUUGGCUUAGAGCAGUGCAGUUUUUAGUAAACACAGUAAAAAAAGCAAGGAAACAUAAUGCAAAAAUAAGGAAAUAAAGUGCAAAUUUCUCAGAGAAUGAAAACCUGUGAACAAUCAGUGUUCUCCAGAAGCGCAGGCGACUGGUGGUUUCGCUGGCUACUCUUAUGACUCAAAACAGUAAAAAAAACUGUCUGUACCUUUUAUCUUGAAUUUUUCAGAAGGUCCUAAAAGAAACAAAAACAAUAGCUUGUCGUACAAAAAGCUCUUUGGUGUAUGACAAUUUGCCUUUUGCUAAUGGUAUUAUCUAUAUAUUUACUGAAUGAUUUUUGAUGAGACAUUGCCAGAUAAUAUUUUUUAAUUAUAAAAUAACUAAGAUAGUACAUGCAUUCUGAUUGGUUAAAAAGCAAUAGUUUAUUGUGCUGGUAAUCUCAUAGUAAACUGAAACAUGCUUUAAAGUUAUUUUAUAAAAGUAAAAGACCACAUUUUCUAUGGAUUUACCAGCAUGAUAACUCACUUGGUUCUUGGGAGAACUCUGGAAAAGCUUGUAAAUAACGAGCAAAACUUCUCAGAUCUCUGGGCUUAAUGCCCCCAAACCCCUCCCUUAGAUACAGUACUCUCGCUUUAUCAGUGCUUGGUGUCAGGCACCAGUUUCUUUGCUUUGGGAGCUGGGUACUCUAAAACUUCUGGAUAACACUGAACAAUAGAAAUAUAUAAGAACCAAUCAGCCUCAGGUGUCACAAUCUGCUUGCCCAACUUAUUAAGAUUAUAUCUUAUCUUCUUAUAUUAGCCAUAGAAGAACAUGAAAGUGAAGUCCUCCAACUUGAAUGUAGCAUGGAAAGCUCUCUGCCAGGUGAACAAGAGCAAAGUCAUUCAGCAGGUACUGAUAUACCGGUAGUUGUUUAUGGUAGAUGGUAUUUUAUUAUGAAAGUUAAUAAUAUACAUGAAAAAAUUUCUCUGUGAAUUUGAUUGGCAUAGAGCAGUGUACAUUUUAGUAAACACAAUGCAAAAACAAGGAAACAUAAUGCAAAAAGAAAGAAAUAUAAUGCAAAUUUAUCAGAGAAUGAAAAACUGUGAUUGGGCCAAUAAACAAUAGAAAUUUAUCAGAACUAAUUAAGUGCCACAAUUUGCUGGUGGGAAGCAUGUAUACUUUUAAACCUUCCCCUUUUUGGUGUAAUUAAUUAUGCUCUGUUGUCUUACCUAAGUAAUCUUUCUUUUUCUUGUAACACUUUUUUCUCAAUAUUUUAUUUUAUGAAUUUACCUGAUUAUUUUUAUUUAUUUAUUCAUUGUGGGUUUUUUUUUUUUUCAUUUUUGUAACCAAGAUUUUGAAAUUAAUAAAGGUGUGGGUGGGCGUGUGUGUGUAACAAAUAAGAAUGUUAAAACUUUCAUAUAUAUAUUUUUACAUGGACUCAAACUGAAGAGCAGCUAUAUAGAGUGUUUUCACUCACGUGGCCAGCAUCUAUGCAAAUUUAUUGGAACAAAAGAAAGCGUUUGCAUAAGAAAAGAGUUCAACUCCCACAGGAUUGGUUUGGGACACCAACAUGGCCGCCGUUUCAUUGUUUUGGGACACCAAUAUGGCCGCCGUGACGUCAUGUGAAAACACUCUAUAUAAUGAGUGAUUUUGUUACCUCUGCAUUCUAUCUAUGUUCCUGACACAUAAAAAUCGCCAAAGACAUAAAAUAAUUCAUGGAUAUAUCGAUCUGAACUUGUGUAUUUGUAGAAAUAUCCCGUACGUGUAAUUUCUGUGGCAGUUAUGGUUGUUGUUUAGUGAUGCAUAUUUGUUUUAGCCUUUGUUGACUUCUGCUUUAAAAUAGAAGAACUAUAUUUUAAUUUCAGUAUACUAUAAUACAGAGUUUUGGAGUGUGUCUUCAGAUUAACUGUCUGUGGCUGGUACAUAAAGGCCCAAACAUUUGCCAUUUUGGACUCAUUUUUUUUAACAGGGACUCAUUGGUUCUGGACUGGGACUCAUGAUUUCUCACAAGAUGAGUCCCAGAAUUCAUCACAUUUAUUUGUAACAAAAACACUGUAUAAUUCAUUGAUUAGACCUUUUGUCAUGUAAUUCAAGUGUUGUUGUUGUGGUAAACAUGACAAGUCAUCAUGUCUGUACUUAAUUCUCCAUGACUGGAUUGUAGGAUUUUUGUUCUGUUUGUAUUUGAUCGUGCAUUAUUAUUAUGGGAAAACUUACCUUAGGGUUGCAUUACUUUGACUAGGACAAAGUUAAAAUACAUUGAAUUCUCAUAGAGAUAAUUAUUUUUUGGAUUAUAAUAAUGAGUUCAUUGGUUGGGUCACUCCCAUUAUAUUUGAUGACUGGUUUAUGAAAUAUCAGCACUUAGAAAAUGAUUGUCAAGGUUGUUGUAUUAUCCGAAGUUUCAAAAGUAGAAAUAUUGUUUAUUUUCUAUUUGAAAUCAGGUUUUGAGAACACUUCCACAGAUACAGCUUUAUAAUAGUAAUUCUUGUACAGUUAUACAAGCAUGCAGUACUAGGGUGCGAAGAAAAGGAGGUCAGUUUUGUGCUUGUCCUUCGGGAAGGCUGUAGCUUGCAUCCAUCAGCUUGCAUCAUUAUCCAUCAGGCAAGAUAAAAAAUAGAAUCCACUAGCCCCAUAGCUUAUAUGAAUUGUGUAGUUGGUUAAUACAAAUAAUUCAUUUACUAGGAGAAGAGUUGGAACAACACACUCCUGCAGUAGAAAAUGGCCCAAUUGAGGGAGCAAGCAAUGUGCAGGAAACUCAGCAACCUCUUCCAGAAGUAAAUAAUAGUAGCCACUUAGAAGAUGACCGCCUAAUUGCUAGAGCAAGGGCAUUUGGUGUGGACUAUGAGUUUCCAAAGCCUGGUGAAGUGGAAACGGAGGAUGACAGAAGAAAAGAUUUUAUUUACUUGAAUCAAGUCCAUUCCUUUUUCUCUCCAACAACAAUGAUAUAUUAA